AUGAACACUUCAUGCCUCGAACUGCGCACUAGGCUUGAGAUGGAGCAAUGCCGGCUGCUCAACUUUGCUGAAGCAACUGGCCUGCUGGACUAUGAGGAGAACGAUCCGUUGUCAGAGAGUCUUGAGUCAGAAAAGCUUGUCCUUAUCGCCGUCCUGACGCAGAUUGGGUGCAAGUUAGACGACUUUUCUGCUUUAACGAACAGAUACAAGCCGCUUCGUAAGGAAGAUAAAACCGCUUCUGAAGCCAAGAAUGUCAAAGAAGACUUUAUUAGCCUCAAGAAAAAAUGGGAGACAAGUGUGAAGAAAAGUCCUAAGCGAAGAGAGCGCCUCAGAGGAACAAAUCACUUGUUUAAAUGGUAUGGUAUGGGAGUUGAUAUAGCAAAGGAGCCGGAACGUCUGUGGUGGGCAGCGGUUGACGAGAAGGUGUUUAAGAAGGUAUUACAGGAAUUGGUUGAAUACAACAACUACCUCCACGAGCUCACACGUGGUCAACAUGCCAAAAAGCUUGAGAUGACUACCCGGGAGACCUACUUAGAAAUGGUGCUGGUUAGAGGCCAAGUCGACGAGCUCAAGAGAUUACUGGUGAAUUCGAUACUCUUACAGGAUCAUCAACAGGUGACUGCGACGCCGCGAGCGGCUGAAGCAAAUGUUGAACACGGUCGCCUAUUGCAUGGUCUUGUAGACACGAAGUCACAGAGUCUCAUGAACGACGAACCGGAUGAGAAGAAGCCUCCAGCGUACGAAGAAGCAACAAGGGAUACCAAGCUGUCAUAUAAAUCUGUCGACUUGUUGACUGAACUCAAAAAGGUUGAUGUGAUGCAACAGCGAGUUCAAACGAGUGGCAAAUACUGGCCUGAAGGCAAAUCAAAAACAGAGGAACGCCCGAGUGUUCAGGUCUGGGUGGAAUGGAAAGAGUAUAAGACAGAGAUCAAUGAUGAAACAAGGAAUUCUGUUGCCCUACCCGAAUGCCUCAAACGCGUCAAAGAAUUGGUUGCACUUCUGCAGAGCUGUCGUCUAAAUGCAUUCAGAAUACCCACUUGUCUGGGCUGGUACGACUACCGAGACGACGACAUUGAGAGGAGUUUACAUGCGCCCCUAUUUGGUAUCGUAUUUCGGAAGGAAGACCAGUCUGACAAUUCCCCUGAUCCAAUCUCCCUUCUCGACCUCAUCAAGACCGAACCUCGUCCGUCGCUUUCCGCUCGAGCUACUCUUGCGCACAAGUUGGCAGACUCUGUUUUGUAUCUCCAUGCCGUGCGGUGGCUUCAUAAGUCAAUACGCAGUGAUGGUAUUCUAUUCUUUCCCAACACGAAGACCCGUGAGCCAGACAUCAGAGAACCAUACAUGACCGGCUUCGAGUAUUCAAGACCUGAUCGCACCGAUGCUCACAGUACACACAUUCCACCGAGUCCCAGGAACGAGGCAUACGUGCACCCAUCCUACCAAGGUGUCAAGGCGCGUGGCACAUACCGCAAAUCAUUUGAUAUAUACAGUCUGGGUAUCGUUUUACUGGAGAUUGCGUACUGGGAGCCCAUUCUCACCAUCCUGGCCAAGGAGUUUGCCACCGAGGCCGAGCCAAUAUCAUCUGAAGUCCAGCUUAUUCAGACAAUCUUAAUCGAGACAAAACCGAAGUAUGUCGAAAAUCUAAAGGGCAUGGUCGGGGAGAGAUAUUACACGGCUGUGGAUAGCUGCCUCCGUGUUAUGGCUGGGAAAAGCGACGAAACAGCGAUCGAGGUAAGUGCCAAGUUGCAGAGCGACUUCACACACUUGGUUGUGGGAAACCUAGGCUCAGUCAUAGUCUGA